CCUUACUAUCAGGGAAAAUUAUGUUAAAUGUUACAGAGGGAUAUGUAAAUUGUACUGCUGAUUGUGUCUUUACUCAGUGUGUAAAUAAGACUUGGUGGGAGACAAUCGAAGAUACCAACAAAUCUGUAAUGAUUGUAAAAGCUUGUUCCGAGCUUUGGAUGCCUGUUAAUCUGACAUGUCCUUGGUCUGACUCUAUUGCUGUUUCACAUCUGUAUGAUUCCCUUCAAGUUGUUCUACAUCGCUCCCGUCGACUAGUGGGAUUGAUCGUCGCGACUAUCCUUGCGGUUGCAUCCGUUACUGUGAUGGCCGCUGUGGCCAGCCUGGCACUGCAGCAGGAGAUACAAACUGUGGACUUUAUCAGGGAAUGGCAUAAGGACUCUCAUGCCUUAUGGCAACAGCAAAAGGACUUAGAUGCUCAAUUAGCUACCGAUGUAAUUAACUUGCAACAUACUGUAUCUUGGUUAGGGGAUCAACUGACAGUUCUUGCUACCCGCAAUAUAUUGAAAUGUGAUUGGAAUUCUACACAAAUGUGUGUCACCCCACUGCAUUUUAACAUGUCAGAAGGAUGGGAAAAGAUUAAGCACUCUUUACGGGGUCAUCAAAAUUUAACUGCAGAGAUAAUGCAACCUGAACAGUCUAUUGCAGACACUUUCAGUAAAGAAUUGCCUAAAUUGACGGGGGAUGACCUAUUAAAGGGACUGCAGGAGGGGUUAAACAGUUUGAAUCCCUUGGGGCAUGUAAAUACGCUAUUGUCUACUUCUUUGGGAAAUCUGGUGCUAAUAUUGAUUUUAUGCUUGCUUUUCUAUGUAGUCUUCCGGCGCUGGAGAAAACAACAACAACUAAAAAGGAUCGUUAAGACCGUUGCGCAUGCUGUCCGUCACAAUGCUAACAAAAGAGGGGGAGAUGAAGGAGACCUGGCAUGAAAUGUGGUUGUGCUUG